AUGGUAAAUUACUACAAGUCUUUGGGUAACUUGUUCGCACUACUAUUUAUACUCACCGGAGUAACGAGUUUUCCGGCGGGCCGCAGGGCGACACCACCAGCAUCUGUAUAUAAUAUCGUGUCGAGUAAUUUAUGCAACCCCAGUGUGAAACAGUACUCGGGAUACAUACAAAUCAACAGCAACUCCUAUCUAUUUUUCUGGUUCUUUGAGGCGCUUAGCAAUCCCCUAUCAUCACCACUGACGUUAUGGUUAAAUGGCGGUCCCGGUUGUUCAUCGAUGGAUGGAUUAUUCACUGAGAUUGGACCUUGUUAUACAAACAGCGACGGAUCAAAUACUCGGAUUGAUUCGGAUUCAUGGAUCUCCUAUUCAAACAUACUGUUUAUUGACCAGCCAGUUGGUACGGGAUUCUCCUAUACCACCGGCACCUAUGCCGUCAACAGUACCGAACAAUCAAUGGGAGAUCUUUACGUAUUCCUGCAAUUAUUUUUCGAAAAAUUCCCAGAAUAUUCAAAGCUCGAUUUUCAUAUCUUUGGGGAGUCUUACGCCGGACAUUACAUUCCAACAAUUGCGAAAAAGAUCGUUGAUAGCAACACCCUAAUUAAUUCAAACAAGUCACAGGGCAUAAUUAUCAACCUAAAGUCCAUUGGUAUGGGGAACUCAAUCAAUGGUAAGUUAUUAGAUGACACUCACAUUAAGAGGAUGAAGGGUGCAUUGGUUGAAUGUGAACAAGCGUUAACCUUGUGCAAUCAAACAAAUUCCACCCGAGAUUGUUAUAAUGCUGAAAUUAUUUGCAUUCAAUAUGAAAACUACUUUGAUUUUUCUGGAAAAAGUGUCUAUGACAUUCGAGUGUCGGAAAGCGCGACGGAUGAUUUAUUGAAUCCUCCGUUCCAAAAUUAUUUACGCAGACCCGACGUGAUAAAAUCAAUCGGUGCUCUAAGUAGUAUAAAAUUCCAACUAUGCAAUGACAAUGUCCAAACCAGAUUCAUAAAUUCUGGUGACCUUACAAUAGCCACCAAACCUCAAACAGAAUUUUUGCUUAAAAACGGAAUAAGGGUAUUGAUUUAUAAUGGAGAUGCUGAUUAUAUCGUUAACUGGUUUGGGGGUAACAAAUCAGCUUCCGCCAUACAAUGGUCACAUCAAUCUGAAUUCAACAUGGUUCCGCUAACGGAAUGGUGUGGAGAUGUUGGGAAGGCAGGUCAAGUUAGAAGUUUUGACGCACUAUGGUUCGUCAGAGUAUAUCAAUCUGGUCACAUGGUUCCAUACUUCCAACCCAAAAAUUCUUUGAUAAUGUAUUCCAAUUGGAUCAACAAUCAAUCUCUCUUGAGUAAUGAAUGUCAUAAUUCUCCUAGUGCUCAUUCCUCGGCAAGUAGACCGAGUAGUGCGGCUUGA